GUGACACGGGAGAGAUGAUCUCGCGAAAGAGCCCGGGAGCACUCGCGAGAUCUCAGACCACCCGAGCCAAGGGUUCUUAGGAAGUUUAGGGGUCCAGUGGAGGCCCAGGGGCCAAUGGCCGGAGCUGGGCCGACCAUGCUGCUUCGAGAGGAGAACGGCUGUUGCAGUCGGCGCCAGAGCAGCUCCAGUGCGGGGGACUCGGACGCUGAACGUGAGAACUCGCCGGCUGCGCGUGCCCGGCAGCAGCUAGAGUCCCUGCUCAACAAGACUAUGCGCAUCCGGAUGACGGACGGGCGCACACUGGUCGGCUGCUUCCUCUGCACCGACCGAGACUGUAAUGUCAUCCUGGGCUCUGCACAGGAGUUCCUCAAGCCGUCGGAUUCCUUCUCUGCGGGGGAACCCCGAGUGCUGGGCCUCGCCAUGGUACCAGGACACCAUAUCGUUUCUAUUGAGGUGCAAAGAGAGACCCUAGCGGGAGCCCCUUAUCUCUGAUCGCGCGCAUGCCUUUGAGCUUAUUAAACUUGUAAUUGAA